AUGUUGUUCACUAACAGGGAGCAGUUUAAGAAGGCCUGCCGUGAGUGGGGGAUACACCACAGGUACCAACUGCACUUCCCUGUAAAUGAGAUAACAAGAGUGAGGGAAAAGUGCUACUCAAAGACCAAAUGUACGUUCUACGUGUUUGCCUCAAAGCUGCACCUCAAAGAUCCCAAUGACAACACAUUCCGAGUGAAGACCCUUGAUCUGCGCCAUUCAUGUCCUAAAGUGAGCAAAAACUUCCACCUGACUAGUGCAUUCCUCGCCGACAAGUACUUAGAAGAAUUUAGAAAAGAUCUUGAAUAUAAGUCUGAAGUGUUUGUGAAGAAGAUUCAGACGGACCUAAAACAAUCAAUAAGCAUUCAGCAAGCAAGAAGAGCAAGAAGGGCAGCAUUGGACAAAUUGGAGGGUGAUGAAGACCGGCAAUAUGAGAAGCUGUAUGAUUACAAGAGGGAGGUUUUGAGAACCAACCCAGGCAGCACGGUGGAGUUUAAAGAAGCAAGGGGGAAGUUCCAGGGAAUGUAUGUAUGCUUUGAUGGGUUGAAGCAGGCCUUCGUGAAUGGGAUGAGACAGAUUGUCUGUCUGGAUGGGUGUUGGUUGAAGGGUAAAUACGGGGGUCAACUUCUUUCUGCAACAGGGAUUAAUCCAAACGACUGUAUGUACCCCUUAGCAUAUGCCUGGGUUAAAACGGAGAACACAGACACCUGGAUAUUUUUUACAUUAAGAUCAGGGUUGUUUGGGUUUGUUGAAUGCUGUGAAGGAGCUGUUCUCAUAUUCAGAGCAUCGAUUUUGCUGGAGGCAUUUGUGGGCCAAUUUCAGGAGCACAUCAAAGAGAGGGACAGGAAACACUGGUGUAGAGCGCUGUUCAAAGAGGAAGUCAAAUGUGAUAUCCUCCUAAACAACCUGGCUGAAGCAUUCAACAAGUACAUACUUGCUGCAAGAGAGAAGCCAGUGUUGACAAUGUUCGAAAUGAUAAGGACUCAGCUUAUGAAGAGGAUUAAUGACAAGCAGAAGUUUGGGGGAAAUAUGGAGGGUGUGCUGUGUCCAAAGAUCAGAAAGAAGUUGGCCAAAAUCAUUGAUUAUGGUUGGAAGUUCACCGCAGAUCCUGGUGGUAGCCCUCAGUGGCAGGUAGAGGGCCCAGGGGGGCAGUUCGUGGUUGAUUUGGCUAACAGAACAUGCACAUGUCGAAGGUGGCAGCUUAGUGGAAUCCCAUGUUCGCACGCUACACCAUGCAUAUAUGGAAAUAAUCAACGACCUGAAGAGUUUGUGGAUGAUUGCUACAGUGUAGCUACGUAUCAGAAGGUAUACAGCUAUGUAAUCAACCCUAUGAAUGGGCCAGACAUGUGGGAAACAGACCCUGAGCCAUUCAACAUCAUACUCCCACCAUCCCCAGUACAUAAGAAGAAGAGGGGCAGAAUACCAACGGCUAGGAAAAAAGAGGCGGAGGAACUAGAGAAACAAAGGGUUGAAAAAGCCAAGGAAGCCGCUGCAUGUAGGGAAAAGUUGCCAAGGAAAGGAAAUAUGAGAAUGACUUGCAGUUUAUGUGGCCAAUUUGGACACAAUAAGAGGGGUUGCCUAAAGAGAAGUGGGGGUCAGUCAACUCAUGAGGUUGGUGGUCCGUCAGCUGAAAGAGUGCCUGGUGGUCAGUCUGCUGAAAGAGAGCCUGGUGGUCAGUCUGCUGAACGAGAACCUGUGCUUCAUGACUCUCCAGUCACCCUCCGCUGGAUGAUGGAUGGUACAAGUCAAGUUGUUCAUAGGUCACCGAGUAGACGUGACACCUUUCCAUUUUUGGAUCAAGCAGUUCAGGCGGAACCUCCGGUUGCUGACCAAGGCCAACCAGACCAGAACAACUUGAACCACCCAGGUGAUGCAGAAGAGCAUGCCUUCAACAGCCAACGGAGCAGUGUUGAAGAUGGAGCUCCGUCCCAACCUAUCCCAACGCAAGCUGAAAAAGGAAAAGGGAAGCGAAGAGCUAAAGAUGUUCCCUCUAGAUACAUGAACAUCAUGAGGAAGAGACCCAAAAACACGUAG